CUCUCUGCACUGCAGCUUUUAGUCGGAGCUUCAGUCGGUGGGUGUCAUCAUGGAGGAGAAGCAGAAGACUGUAGCCGAGUAACUAAACGCUGCUUCAUACCUCAGCUGCGCCCGUCGUUCACUAAAAUCGGCCAAGCACAUCCGAACCAGCACCGGACACAUCUGAGGGCUGACAGCGGCCACCAUGAAGCAUUUCCUCAGAGUGGUGACCCAGUUCUUCGUGUUUCUCUACUGCAAAUGUCUGUGGAGGGGCCUGAAGUUUGUGGUCAGGAAGUUUACGGGCCGCUGCGAGCUGCAGCGAAUCUGCUACAACAACAAACAUGGAGCUCGCAGGACCCUCAAGAUCGAGUCGUCCCUGCGGUAUUCCAAGAAUGAGCUGCUGCAGGCUGCCCUCAGUGUCCACCCUGACAAAGUAGAGAAGACCAUCGAUGACAUCAUGGCCUUGAAGAAGAUUAAUCCUGACACCAACCCACAGCUGGGCAUCUCUCUGCAGGCCAGCCUGCUGCAGAUUGUAGGCUACAGGACUCUGGUGGCAGAGGUGGAGAAGCUGCGCCGGGAACCCUACGACUGUGAAAACUCUGAACAUGAGGACAUGCUGAUGAAGCUAUGGAAGGAGCUACGCCCUGAUACACCCCUCACCGGCCGCAUCUCUAAGCAGUGGUGUGAGGUCGGUUUCCAGGGCAGCGAUCCCAAGACCGAUUUCAGAGGCAUGGGCCUGCUGGGCCUGCACAACCUGCUGUAUUUUGCAGAACAUGACAAGGCUACAGCUCUGCAGAUGCUUCAGGACUCCCUGCAACCAAAGCACAACGAGGUAAACAAGCCUGAAUGGGAACAGAAGAACAUUGAUAAAGCUAUCGGCUAUUCUUUUGCCAUUGUGGGCAUCAACAUCACAGACCUGGCCUACUCUCUGCUGGUGAGCGGAGCUCUGAAGACCCAUCUGUACAACGUGGCCCCAGAAAUGCCAAGCCUGCUGCACUUCCAGCAGACAUUCUGUUACCUGAUGCAGGAGUUCCACCGCUUCUGGAUAGAGGAGGAUCCCAGCGAUAUCAUGGAGUUCAACCGGGUUCGCUCCAAGUUCCACCGGAGGAUCCUGCGACAGCUGAAGAACCCAGACAUGGCUCUGUGUCCCCACUUCUCUGCCUCAGACCUUCACCUGGUUAACCUCUAAUACCCCCCCACCCCACCACCACCACAGAGGUGUCCGGCUAUGAGAAUGAAAUUCAGAUCGCAACUCAUUUAAACUGCUGGACUCACCUGAGGAGACUCUCUUCCUUCUCAACUCCUCCCAGCUAACAUCAUGUCGCAUCACUGCCAACUGCUCACUGUAUAAACACACACAUACACACACACACACACACACACACACACACACACACACACACACACACACACACACACACACUUCAUCAAACCUAUAUCUAGACCUUCCAAGUCUUCACCAUUAAAAUGUGAAGAUUUCCAUUAUGGGGGGGUCACUGUUUUUUGUGGUCAGAGGUAAGGCAGAGUCCCCACAAUGUGAUAUUUACCCCCUUAACUAAAGAAAACAUAUACACAUGCAUACACACGCACACCCACACACACAGACACUGCCUCUGCGCCCUCACUGCAGCAUCAGACCACCAGCAUCAGAGACGACUAUAGCGAUUGUAGCUGUGCAUGAGGAGGCUGCACCACACGUCACCACUCAUUGUUGCUUUAAUGAUUCAUGAUGAUUGUAUCUCAGCCGUUACACCUCGGUUAGAAACCAUUGAUCACACACCAAAUUAUCUUUAUGAUUACAUCAUGAUAACAUCUGGCUGUGACGCGAGCUGGUUGUUUCUAUUCAGGUGAACAGAUAUCCAGAUUUAUAAGAAGUCUUAAUGAUCUGUUGUUAGAGAAAAGUUGCAUUCAACCAAACUUAAUAAGGCCACCCCACCUUUUGUCUGUAUGAGCAAACUGCCACAGAUUGUAAUGUACUUUUUAUGUUCACCUGAAACUUCUUGCCAAAAUAUGGAAUGUGGAAACUUCAGCUAUCGCAGCAGCAGUUUGAUUUUCGUGAGCUUUUGCAAACCUGCUAAAAGAUGUUGAGUCAAUAACAACAAGUUUUUAUAUAUCUUGCACAGAAUAUCUUGAUUGUUUUAUUUCCACAUAAAUGUGCAGAAAAAUAAUUUAAAAUUCUGGUUUUUGGAGCAUUUUUUCACAGGUUUGCGAAAGUUUUUGCCUUUGAUUUUGAACCCAUGUGGAUUUAAUUGUGAAUGUUUCUCACCUGCACACAUUCAUGAUUGUUUGAUUCAGUUUUCUUCACUGAAUGUGACACUUCGUGCACCGUCGUAUCAGCCAAAGCAAUAAUUUACAUUCAUUUCAUGGCACAUUUGCUUAAAUGUGUUUAUUUGCACCACGUGUGCCUCAGUAUUUUGCUUUUUGUCUUCAACUCAGAGUUGGAAAACUAAUCUGUAAAUAGCUGCUACAUGUGGAGAUAAAAAAAAAUAUUAGUGGGAAUUAAUCUGUUAUACACAGGGAGAAAAUAUUAGCUACCAAAACAAAGGAGAGCAGAUGGUGAAUGUUU